CUUUCGGGUCUGAUGGAACGCCCUGCGUGCGCCUUUUCGGAGGCAGGACUGGUUGGGCUUGCCCGGGGAUAGCUGCUGGUUUGCGCGCUAGUCUCUGCCUCAGCCGCUGUGCAGGCAGACCCCUGCUGUUGGCCAGGAAUCCCAGGCCCUGCGUAACAUCUAUUUUGGAGUUUAAAGCAUGUCAUCAUGGCAAAGUUUCGGAGAAGGACUUGCAUCAUUUUGUCACUUUUCAUUCUAUUUAUUUUCUUACUGAUGAUGGGUUUAAAAGCUCUAAGACCAAAUACAGCUACUUUUGGAGAUCCUUUUGGACUUGACCUUCUUCCAGAAUUUCGACAACAAAUUUUUCACUUGGAAAAAAAAACUGAUUCCAAAAAGAGUGACAAAAUCAACAGUGAAACAAAUCCCAAGAAUUUAAAAAGUGUAGAAAUCACUAUGAAACCUGCCAAACCCUCUGAACUUAACCUGGAAGAACUGCCACCCCUGAAUUAUUAUUUACAUGUAUUUUAUUACAGUUGGUAUGGAAAUCCACAAUUUGAUGGUAAAUAUAUACAUUGGAACCAUCCAGUCUUGGAGCAUUGGGACCCUCGAAUAGCCAAGAAUUAUCCACAAGGGAGACAUAAUCCCCCAGAGGAUAUUGGCUCUAGCUUUUACCCUGAAUUGGGAAGUUACAGCUCUCGGGAUCCUUCUGUCAUAGAAACCCACAUGAGACAAAUGUGCUCAGCUUCAAUUGGUGUACUAGCACUGUCUUGGUACCCACCUGAUUCAAAGGAUGAGAAUGGAGAACCUACUGAUGAUUUGGUACCGACUAUUUUGGAUAAAGCUCAUAAAUAUAACCUGAAGGUCACAUUUCACAUAGAGCCAUAUAGCAAUCGAGAUGAUGAAAACAUGUAUAAAAAUGUCAAAUACAUUAUAGACAAAUAUGGGAAUCAUCCGGCCUUUUACAGGUACAAGACUAGGACCGGCAACGCUCUUCCUAUGUUUUAUGUCUAUGAUUCUUAUAUUGUAAAGCCUGAAAAAUGGGCCAAUCUGUUAACCACCUCGGGGUCUCAGAGUAUUCGCAAUUCUCCUUAUGAUGGAUUGUUUAUUGCACUCCUAGUUGAAGAAAAACAUAAAUUUGAAAUUCUUCACAGUGGUUUUGAUGGAAUUUACACAUAUUUUGCCACAAAUGGCUUUACUUAUGGUUCAUCACAUCAAAACUGGGCUAGCCUAAAAGUCUUUUGUGAUAACUACAACUUACUAUUUAUUCCAAGUGUGGGCCCGGGAUAUAUCGACACCAGCAUCCGUCCGUGGAACACGCACAACACUCGGAACCGAGUGAACGGGAAGUAUUAUGAAACUGCUCUGAGUGCUGCCCUUCAGACCCGUCCCAGUUUAAUUUCUGUCACUUCUUUUAAUGAGUGGCAUGAAGGAACCCAGAUUGAAAAAGCUGUUCCCAAAAGAACUAGUAGUACUGUCUACCUGGAUUACCGGCCUCAUAAACCAGGUCUUUAUCUAGAACUAACUCGCAAGUGGUCUGAAAAAUACAGUAAGGAAAGAGCAACAUAUGCAUCAGAUCACCAGUCACCUGGUCUUAAUGCAUUGAUUAAAGUUUAAUCAUUAUUGAAAGAACCUAAUUUCAAUAAAUGCCUUUUGUUUUGAGUUAUGGAAAGAAACCUGUCAGAGUCAGUAUGCACUGUACUGUAAUCUUUAAUAAAAAUAAUUUGUACUUUUUUAAAGAAAUAGUAAUAUUGUCAUUGCCACCCUUCACAAUGCUGCACUGAGAAAAUAUCUGAGAGAAGAGUGCAGACGACAUUCCCUGUGGCAUAAUUUGCUGCAUUUCUGACUGAAAUUGAAAAUCUGCUUUGAUGGCAGUUUAGUUUUGAUUUCACAGUGGAUGAAUGCCUGUGUUACAGUUAAAUCCUACUUGCAUCCUGGGCCCAAAGAAGUAGGAUUGCGUGUCUAUUUGGUAUACCUGUUUAAGAAAAAACGCCUAAAAGAGCUAAUGAUUUUGUGAUAGUGUACAUGUUUUGUUUCUAAUUGUUUUUUCAAUGUGCCAGUCAUCUUCACUGUACUAGUGUUCAGACUCUGAUAAAUCUCCAACAGUGAUGAACUUAAGAAUAACAUAAUUGUAUACCUUCAGCCUUACUGUGAACCAUACUAUGUUAGGAAGGCCUGCUUUCUGCAGCACAAUGUAUGUCAUCAUUUGAAGACUUUUGGUUACCUAUAAUAGGAUGCUAGGUGGUUUGCAUGUUUCAUGUUUCUGCCUUACUCUGCUGAAAUCCAGAUUUUAAAAGCUGUGGAAAGUACUUUCAUACAGAUUAACGAUUGCUUCUCAAUUAUGAGGAAAGCUUAAUUUUUGUCACAAUUAUGAAGCUAUAAUGCCCCAAAUACUCAGUUAUCUUUUAUAGGUUACCUUGUCAGUCUUUAACUGUAUUUAUGUCUUUAAAUUUAAUGUUAAUCAGACACCAACUGUUAGAUACAGAAGAAAAAGUUGAUACUAUCUUUGGAUUGGAUUUCUUUUCUUACAAUAUUUUAAGUUGCUUUACCAAAAAUAAUGAAAAAAAUAUACUCACCAUUUUAGAUUUUAGUAACAUGGAACUGAAAGUUCUUUUGUGUCAAAGUUAAAUUCACUCUAGAAUUUGGCCUUUGCUUAAGUUUAACAUGUAAUAAUGAUAAAAAUAAUAUUUCAUUUAUAAGACAAUACUUUAAAUUUUUGUAUACCCUGAUAUCUACAUUUUAAAACUUUUUACUCACAUAGUACUGAUCAGGUUAAAAAACCUAUCAAUAAUUGUUUGUCAUAUGGUGACAAAUUCAUCACCUUUAUGCUAAAAAUGAAUUUCUUAACUCUACUGUUAAAACUAGAGAAUAACAAAAUGCACUCUUAUUAUAGUUAAUAUUUGUAACUACAGUAAGAAUCUAAUAUAUAUGUUAGUACAUAAAUGUUAUUUCUUAGAUAUUUAAUUCUAAAAGAGAAGCAAUAGAAUAAUGCUAAACAAUAACACAGAUUUUUAUAGUACAAAGACAUUUGUUAAGAAACAAAUUAACACUGGAAUUUAUCUUAAAAUGGCCCGUCAAAUGAUAAAAUUUAUUUUUUAACAAUGAUUUUGAAGUAAAAAGUAUGCUUUUUAAAACAGACACAUUAAUAUUAGUUAAAGUUAUUUAUAAUUUAAGAAUUUGCCAUUUCUCAGAGAAUGAUCAGGCCACAGGAAAUUAGUAUUCUAGUAAUAACCUGAUUGCUUUCCAGGGGAAAUUUUAAGAAUAAACCACUAUGAUGAAAUUUUGAUACAACCAAGCAUUUUUAUUGGAUCAAUCAUACAAAUAUAGCCUGUGGAUUUUUUUUUCUUUUAUGCAGUUAGCCACUAUAUGAUAUUUUAGGGAUAAACUCUAAAUAUGUCAUACCUAACUAACAUACCUAGUACCAUAUUUAUUGAAAUUUUGGUAGAGAAAUAUCUACUACAGAGGAAUUUUCACAUUGUCUAUGUUGUACAUUUGAACCCCUGUGGUAGAAAAUUAAUUUAUAAAAUAGUUCUGAGAUUAUAAAGAUAGGUUUAGCAAAUCCUCAGCAUGGGUACACCACUCGUUCUGUCCUACUCCCAUUGCACAAAUAGAUCAUCCCUUACAGCACACUUUACUUCUGAACUUUGUCGUGUUUCCUAAACACAUUACUCCAACCAGUCAGUAGCAAUCAGUAGCAUUUCCAAGUAAGAUAAAACAGAUUGUCUUGAUUGCAGAGAGUUAUUCUUCAAGGAGGAACCCUGGUGGCGCAUGGGUUAAGCACAGUGCUGCCAAACAAAACGUCAGCAAUUCAAACUCACCAGUGGCUCUGCAGGAGAAAAGACCUGGUGACCUGCUCCCAUAAAAAUUUCAGACUAGGAACCCCUACAAGGCAGUUCUACUCUGUCCUAUAGAAUCACUAUGAGUCGGAAACGACUCGAUGGCACAAAACAACAACAUCCUUCAGGGGAAAAAUGUUUGGAAUAUGGUCUCAUAAUGGUUUAGUGGUUUAUAAUUAUAUCAAUAUCAUUUUUUUUUCUUUUCCUUUUUAAAACAAUUAUUAGGAAAAACUAUUUCUAAUAAUUCUGUUAACUCUUAGGGAGGAAUGCUUUCGAAAUCUCCCUCAGGUACUCAUUACAGCUGCCUUUACUAUUUGAGUUGUAACACAGUUUAGAUCAUUUUGAUUACAAAUAAUUAAGAGCAAAGACUUUAUUUCUUAAUUCAAAAAACUACAGGUUUGAAUUCAAUAUACUAAAAAACUGUUAAAACAAAAAUUAAGUGAUAUAUGCAAAUGCUUGAAUAAUGGAUUCUUUAUAAGUUAUUCAUCUUUAUGGUUUAAUCAGUGUAAUUGCUUUGACUGUAUAGAAACCAAAUCUUUACUGCUCCCCUUACGGACUAAUACUGUCAAAACUGCUGUUAUUGAUGGUUAGCUAAGGUGUAUGUUAACUUUUUUUCACUGUUUUCUUUAAGAGUGUGUAAUUAAACAUAGUAUGACUAUUUUGUUAUAUGGAAUAAACUUUGAUCUAAUAAAAGCAUAUGUGGAAUACAUCUUA